AUGGAGAACCCCAACAACAUGAACGUGCAGGCAGAGCAGAGUGCAGCCGCAAGUACCUCCGCUCCUUCGACAACUUCGACUGCAGCAGCGCAGGCGCCACAGCAGAUCACUUCCUUCUUUGGGCCCGCGCACACCUCUUCUACGCAAGAGGCUCCUACUCCUGCUCCUGUUGACCUAACAGCAGCAGGAGCUGGAACAGCAACAGGCGCCAACAUGACAGCCUCCGCAUCGCCUCAGCAGCAGCAGCCAGUUGCUCUCUUGCUUUCAGCAGCACGUAUGAGCACCGCAGCAGACGAGUCAACGCACACCAGCCAAGCAUCUCAGCUUGUGGUGGACGUGGUGGACCAGGAGCCCAGCACUUCCGUCGGCACGGAAGCACGAUCCAAGCGAGUGGUGGGUGGCGCACCCGGAGCGCCUCUAUCAGGAGCAGCACCGGCGCCAGCUCCAGCACCGGCAGCAGCAACGCCGGCAGCGGGAGGAGCGCCGGUGGCCAACGAUGCUGCAUCCGGCGACGUGAUGUUUCCCGGAGAGACAGAGUGGGUAGAUGGGCUCGGCGGCGUUCAUGUUGGUACGCCGGCACAGAACAGGAGCAAGAGGAAGAAAGGGCAGCUGGAGUUGGAGCCGCCGAACUUCCCGAUCCCCGAGCUUGGUGGUGGAAGCCAAAGGAAGCGCUACCCUCUGAAGUUUAAGGUGGAUGCGGUGAGGUACUCGCAGAGGAAGAUCAAGGGGGCGCAAGGGCCGAACGGGACUGUUGGGAUAAUCUACGCGACCAGGAUCCUGAAGAUUCCCGACAAGGCGACGUUGGCGGCGUGGUUCAAGAACGUCGCCGAGUACGAUGCCGCGCUGGCGGAAGCGGACACGUACAAGGGAGGAGCGAAGCGCAAGAAGAAAGCCAACAACCGCUUGUCGCUGAACGUCGGACGGAUCAGGACGCACACGGCGGCCGAGCGUGAGGUCGUGGACUGGAUCAACGAGCUGCGUUCUGACGGCAUCCGCCCGUGUUUCGACGAAGAUGAUCAAGAACAAGGCUGUCGAACUAAAGCCGAACUUCUUCGGGGAGAGGCCGGCGCCAUCCGAUCUCCAGGGCUCCCUCAAGUACAAGAACAGGCAGAACCAGUGGUGCAGAAGGGGNAGGUCUACCGCUUCUCUGUGCGAGCUGUCACCCGGCAAGGCCAGAAACUCCCUUCUGGCUGGCCUUUGGUCGCCAUGCAGGCGAUCAUGGAGUGGAGGAGGCUGAAGUACGACGUGCCUUCCGCGCUCGAACUUGCGGACGGAGUCGAGUGCCUGGGGGUUGUGGCAGGGGCGGGAGGCAGCGCGAGCGGCAGCGGGGGUAGGAGUGGUGCUGGUGUUCUUUCGGGGCCGCGUCUCAAGUUCGCCUUGGCGCAGAUUGGCAACAUGGACGAAACCCCUACCUGGUUCGAGAGCCCGGGGAAGGAUACUGUGAACGCCACGGGCGCGAAGGAGAUUGCCGUCAAAAUAAUCUUCAAGGGUCAGUCCACUCCGAAGGGAAAGUCCCCCGCCGCCAACAGCAUCGAACGCGAGUUCAAGAACUACAAGGACAGGAAGGGCUGCGCGUACCCGCGAGGUAUGGCCUACGCCGUGGACCCCAAGGGAUGGCACUCGCAGCGGGUGUUCGACGACGUGUGGGUGCCGCAGGUGUGGAACCGGCGCCCGGGGCGGCAGGGCCGCCUGGGCGGCUACCGUCAGCCUGACACGCUUUUGGCGUGGGACGACUACACCGUCCACAAGACAGACGCGUCUACCAAGGCGAUGGAGGAGUCCAACACGACGCUGUUCCCCAUUCCAAGAGGCCUGACUCCAAAGCUCCAGCCGUGCGAUGGCCUCGUCAACAAGAUCUUCAAGGCAUACAUGUCCAGGCUCUACGACGACCACAUGGCUUCCAAGGACGUCACGCGCAACGACCACGGCUACCCGGAGCCCCCUUUGCGGGGUUUGGUCGCACAGAAGGCUGGCCUGCUGCUGCCCUUCGACGGGUCGGAAGACGAGGCCUGGGCCAACAAGGAGCUCGGCGCCAACGCCAAGGGGGAGCCCAUCGGCGCGCCAUCCGACGCUGCGGACAAGGCUGACUCGUCGUCCGGAAGCGAGAACUUGCUGGAGGUGUUGGACAUCGACGACGAUGACGACACGGUCGGGGUGGUGGUGGACGUGAGCGACGACGAGGGCGAGGAGCUGUGA